AUGCCCAAGGCUACCACUCCCUUCGCCUCGCGGCAGACGCGACGCCAUAACCCUCUCGAGGAUGAUAUCACAGCCACCGGCAUUCUCAAGAACAAGCCAUCCAAGAGGCGAUCGACUGGCGGCGACAACGAGGAGGAAAACUUUGUCGAUGACCGCGCUUCGAGGACCAUUCUUCGGAUAGGUCGUGAAUUGGCCGAGGAGGAAAAUGCCGGAAAGGUUGUCUCCAAACCCACUAUCGAUACUUUUGGCUACGAUUCGCGAUUUGACGACGAAGCCGAGGACGAGAACAAGGUUUACGACGAUGACGAGGCUUGGGGUGAGGAUGAUGAGGUUGUGGAGGAGAUCGAGGUUGACCCGAAUGACCUCGACAUGUACAAGAAGUUCAUGCCGGAUGAGGAGGAUGACCUGCUUAAGCACGGUUGGGAUCGUCAGCCAUCGGGGGAGGAGCAGGGUGACAGCAUCAACCUCGCGGAUCUGAUCCUUGAAAAGAUUGCUGCCCACGAAGCUGCACAGGCGAGACGAGAGAACAAUCUGGGUCCCCCCGAUGACGAAUACGAGCUGCCCCCCAAGGUCAUUGAGGUCUACACCAAGGUUGGACAAAUCCUCUCUCGAUACAAGUCCGGUCCUCUGCCCAAGCCCUUCAAGAUCCUCCCAACCAUCCCUCAUUGGGAGGAUAUCAUUGAGGUGACCAAGCCCGAUUCCUGGUCCCCCAACGCCUGCUACCAGGCGACGAGGAUCUUUGUUUCGAGCAAGCCCCACGUUGUGCAGCGAUUCCUCGAGAUGGUUAUCCUCGACCGUGUUCGUGAGGAUAUCUAUGAGACCAAGAAGCUCAACGUUCACCUCUUCAACUCUCUCAAGAAGGCCCUUUACAAGCCCGCUGCUUUCUUCAAGGGCUUCCUGUUCCCCCUCGUCGGAAGUGGCACUUGCACGCUGCGAGAAGCUCAUAUUAUCUCGGCUGUGCUGGCUAGAAUCUCCAUCCCCGUUCUUCACUCCGCCGCUGCUCUCAAGGGUCUGUGCGAUAUUGCCGCCCAAGAGGCUUCACACGGCACCGAGGGAGGUGGUGCUACCAACAUCUUCAUCAAGACUCUCCUUGAGAAGAAGUAUGCGCUACCCUACCAGGUCAUCGACGCCCUGGUGUUCCACUUCAUGCGCUUCCGAAGCGUUGAUCCUGCCUCUGUUCACUCUGGCGAUGCUAUGGCGGGUCUGAUUGAGGGAGAUGCCAAGGCCAAGCUGCCCGUCAUUUGGCACCAGAGUCUGCUCGCCUUUGCGCAACGCUACAAGGGAGAUGUCACAGAGGACCAGCGUGAGGCACUGCUGGAUCUACUCCUGACGCAUGGUCACUCGGCCAUUGGCCCCGAGGUGAGGAGGGAGUUGUUGGCUGGAAGAGGCCGGGGUGUGCCGCUUGAGCCCCAAGGACCGGCUCUGGAUGGCGAUGAUACCAUGGUCAUUGACUAA